AUGAUGUCCAUCAGUAGAAUGCUCGUCCUCUCCAACUGUCUUCACAUCCGAAAGCAGCUGCUGCGCAGUAUAAGGCCGAAAUACGUCUGCUCUUUCCCACCGCAAAGGUCAAUCAAAACUUAUUCAAGAAACCUCGCAUAUGCCAAAGACUUGUUCCUCGGUCAAGUCAAUGAGGCGGAAGUAUUUCCCUUUCCAGAAAUUGGAAUAGAAGAAUUGGAGGAGAUUAACCAGCUUGUGGCUCCUGUAGAAAAAUUCUUCAAUGAGGAAGUUGAUUCUGCACAGAUUGACCGAGAAGCCAGAAUCCCCCCGGAAACGUUGAAUGGCUUGAAAGAGCUUGGACUGUUUGGACUCCAGAUUCCUGAGCAAUAUGGAGGUCUUGGAUUGUCCAAUACUAUGUAUGCACGACUUGCAGAGAUUACAUCAUUGGAUGCCUCUAUUGCAGUCACACUCGCUGCCCAUCAAGCAAUUGGAUUGAAGGGUAUACUAAUUGCGGGGAAUGAUUCACAGAAGAAGAAAUAUCUGCCUAAAUUAGCCUCAGGGGAACACAUUGCAGCUUUUUGUUUGACUGAGCCUGGAAGUGGAAGCGACGCAGCUUCCAUUCAGACACGGGCAACAUUGUCGGACGACGGCAAACAUUACCUUCUCAAUGGAUCCAAGAUUUGGAUUUCAAACGGCGGAAUGGCUGACGUCAUGACCGUGUUUGCACGGACUGAGGUGGUUCUAGAUGGGGCUAAGAAAGACAAAAUUUCUGCAUUUAUUGUCGAGAGAGCUUUUGGAGGCAUUACGAGCGGAAAACCUGAAGACAAACUUGGUAUCAGGGGCUCCAAUACUUGUGAAGUUUCAUUUGACAAUGUUCCAGUACCGCUGGAAAAUGUUAUUGGAGAAUUAGGGGACGGAUUCAAGAUCGCCAUGAACAUACUCAACUCUGGAAGAUUCAGCAUGGGAAGUUCUUCAGCUGGAAUGAUUAAAAAAAUGAUUGAAUUGACCUCGGAGUAUGCGGCGACACGAAAGCAGUUUAACAAACGCUUGAGUGAAUUUGGUAUGAUCCAAGAGAAAUUUGCAAUCAUGGCCCUAAAUGUUUUUGUGAUGGAGAGCAUGGCAUACCUGACAGCAGGAAUGAUGGACAGACCAGGUCUACCUGAUUGUUCUUUGGAAGCUGCUGUGGUGAAGGUGUUCAGCUCAGAGGGAGGUUGGAUUUGCGUCAGCGAAGCUCUUCAGGUUCUCGGAGGUCUAGGAUACACAAAAAACUACCCGUACGAGCGUUACCUCAGGGACUGUCGUAUCCUUCCCAUUUUUGAAGGUACCAAUGAAAUUCUGAGAAUGUACAUCGCUCUCACCGGUAUGCAAUAUGCCGGUAAAAUCCUCACGGGGAAGAUAAAGGAGAUGAAGAAAGGAAAUAUCGGUCUCGCUUUGGGGAUGAUUGGGAAAAAAUUGAGGAGCUCGUAUGGGAGCGUACCAGCAGGGGUGCUCGCGGGGAAGAACGGAGUGAUUCAUCCCAGCUUAGCUGAAAGUGCGCAAAAGUUUGAAGAAAAUGUUUAUCAUUUUGGAUCAACUGUGGAGAGCCUGUUGUACAGAUACGGAAAGACAAUCGUGGAUGAGCAGCUCAUUUUGAAGAAAGUAGCAGAUGUGCUUAUUCAUCUCUACGCCAUGACAGCCGUCCUGUCCAGAAGUAGCCGUUCCAUCAGCCAGGGUCUUCGGAAUCAUGAUCACGAGGUGUUGCUUACAAACACCUUCUGCGCUGAGGCUUACUUCAAGAAUAAUUAUUUGAUGACCCAAUUGCAAAAGAACUCUCCCGAGAACAAUGACGCCAACUUGAAGAAGAUCGCCAAGGAUGUUUUGGAGAAUAGAGCGUAUAUCUGCUCUCAUCCUCUUGAUAGGACAUAUUGAGUUCUCUCAUGUGAUACUAAUACUUUUUGGUUCAAUGUAUAAGUGCCUGUCACAAAAAAGCUUUGCAUCACCAACAAAAUAAAAGUGCUUAACUAUG